UUCUUCCUUCUCUUUUUCAGGAAGAACCUCGCGAACGCUCGCAAAGAACCUGCGAAGUUUUGAUCGUUCGGGACUGGAAGUCGUCUCUUCAACGAAGGUGCAUCUGCGAGGGAGAGAAGGAAGAAGAGAGGUCAGUCAAAUCGAACGUGUGCCUUGACAUUGUGAUUGUACUCGCCGUUGUGUGUCAGUCUAAAAGUCCCAUGUUCAGUUCGCUCUCUAGAACCCUACUUCGCCGCCCGCUGUUCUUGCUCACCACCACUCUCAGAUUGAUCUCCACUACCACCUCCACCUCGAACCGACCCUCUUUUGCGGUCUCUUACCUCGUCAAUUCAUGUGGGUUGUCCCCGGAAUCGGCGUUGUUCGUUUCCGAACGCGUCAACUUCGAAACCUCGGCAAGACCCGACGCGGUCAUUGACGUCUUCAAGAACCAUGGCUUCUCUCAAUCCCAGAUUUCGGGUAUCUUUAGGAAGUGGCCUCGAUUGAUCUUGGCGAGUCCUGAGAGGACCCUCUUGCCCAAAUUGAAGUAUCUGCGCUCCGUCGGCUUUUCCGGCCCUGACCUGGCGCAAAUGAUCACUGCUGCUCCCUACGUAUUGACUAGGAGCUUAGAGAAGCACCUCAUCCCCAAUUUCAGUAGGCUUCGGGACUUUCUUCGUGGCGAUAAGUAUGCAGUUACAGCUAUUAGGCGCAGUCCGAGAAUAUUGUUACAAGGUUUCGAGACUACAGUUGAUCCUUUCGUCAAGAUUUUGAGAGAUAAGGGAGUGCGUGAAUCGAGCAUUGUGUGGUUAGUUAAGUGUCAGUCUAGGACGAUGAUAACGUCGUGCGAUCACCUCGAGGAAAUUGUGGAGAAAACCAAGGAGAUGGGCUUUGAUGAUCCUUCUGCGGCAAAGUUUGCUGUGGCUAUGUUAGCGGUCGUGGGGAUGAGCGAAUCGACGUGGGAGAGGAAAUUCAAUGCUUAUGGCAGGUGGGGUUGGUCUAGAGAUGAUGCCAUGAGAGCUUUUGUGAAGAUUCCUUGGUGCAUGACGUUGUCCGAGGAAAAAAUAAUGGCAGUGAUGGGAUUCUUUGUCAAGGAAAUGGAGUUUGAAUCUUCAUUUCUUCUGCGACAUCCUAGGUUGAUGUCGCUGAGCUUAAGAAAACGGAUUCGUCCUCGAUGUAUGGUGUUUAAACAUCUAUCGUCGCAUGGUUUGAUGAAGACAAAGAUUGGCUUGACUACCCUGUUGACGAUUUCGGAAGAAGAUUUCCUGGAGAAGUUCUUGACCCCUCAUAUCGAGGAAGCUCCGGAAUUGCUGGAUAUAUAUCGAGAGAAGAAGCAUAUGGCGAUGGGAACACUGGUUCCAUGAAAUGGCACAGGGUUCAUUCUUUAUUUGCGCAAAAUUUUUCCAAAUUGAGAAGAUUGAGGAAAGUGCCAAAAUAAUUUUAGGAAACCAUAGCUCCAAAGGCUUGGAAGUCUGAAUCUUCUGAUACACAAGUACUCUUCAGAGUGACAGGUUAAAGUUUGCGUGCUUUGUUACAACUACUGUGACUAUAACGUGCACUGAUGUUCUGCAUAAUGGUUGUAAAGCAAAGAUAGAUUGUAUGUCCGCUCUGGCAAGCCCUGCUUCACCGCCCACCAUUUUCACCUUCCGCACUCAGAUUAAUCUUCAGCGCCACCACCUCGGAUCAACCCUCUUUCACGGUCUCUUAUUUCGUGUGGGUCUGUCUCCUGAAUCGGCGUUGUUCGUGUCCAACCGUGUCAACUUCAAGACUGCAAGACCCGACUUGGUCAUUCACUUCUUCAAGAACAAUAAUGGCCUUCUGUCGAUCCCUGAUCUCAAAGAUCAUUAGGGACACUUCCUCAGCUGAUUGUGGCCAGUCCUGGGAUGACUCUUUUGCCCAAAUUCAAUUGUUUGUGCUCUCUCGGCUUUUCCAACUAUAACCUGGCCAAAGUCAUCACUGCUCUUCAGGUAUGUUGAUGAGAGCUUGGAGAAGGGCCUCAUCACUAAUUUGGUGCAGUAUGGGAUGAUCUUCGGUGCCAUAAGCAGGCGGUUGUGGCUAUUAGCCGCUCUCCGCUGUUAUUAUAUGUAGAUUUCGAGACUAGAAUUGCUCCUUUUGUCAAGAUUUUUAGGAGAGAAUGGUUCUAAUACUUUCAUAUGCUAUAUGGACUGGAUUAUUGGGGUCUGUCAUCCUUUAACUCCCUUUUGAGUCUAUGGAAAAAGUGCUUCAUGAUUUAUUCAUGGGCAAACUAAAAGCUUUUCGGUAUCUUGUUCUUGCGAAAUGGUUGUUCAACGACAACAUAGGCAUUUGUGCUCAUUAAUACUAUCUAGAUGGAAAAUUUCCAGAUUUUUUC